AUGUUAAUAUCUGUAAAAGACUUCAAAACAUCGGAUGAUGUGAUUGCGAAAGCCCAAAAAAUUGAAGCUAAGACCUACUAUAAAAAUAAAAAAAGUAAAAAUGAGGCCACCAACAAGUUGAUAGAUAAUCUAACUAAAUAUUUGCAACAAAUAGCUAUAAAUU